CGCAGGCAGUUGUCACAUCGCGAUAUUUUUGUGACUCAGGGGUGUGUGCAUUCUUUAUGUGUGUUGUUCUACUUAUGUGGAUUAUUAGGUGAUAUUCUUGUUUUUACCGGAUUGUGAUCCUAAACCGCCACCAUGCCGAAAUCGAUAUUGAGCUAUUUUAGCAAUGCCCUUGAUUUAGGCGGGAACGAUUCCACUUUGAUGAACGUCCGUGUGACGACGAUGGACGCGGAGCUGGAGUUCGCGAUCCAGCAGACGACGACCGGCAAACAGCUGUUCGACCAGGUCGUCAAGACCAUCGGCCUGCGGGAGGUGUGGUUCUUCGGCCUACAGUACACCGACUCCAAAGGCGACCUCACCUGGAUCAAACUCUACAAAAAGGUGAUGCAACAAGACGUAAAGAAAGAAAACCCGCUUCAGUUCAAGUUCCGCGCCAAAUUCUACCCGGAGGACGUCGCCGACGAACUCAUCCAGGAGAUCACACUCAAACUGUUCUACCUUCAGGUGAAGAAUGCAAUACUAUCCGACGAGAUAUACUGCCCGCCGGAGACGUCGGUGUUGCUGGCGUCGUACGCGGUGCAGGCGCGGCAUGGCGACCACAACCCCGCCGUGCACGGACAGACCUUCCUCGCCAACGACCGUCUGCUGCCGCAGCGAGUUACUGACCAGCAUAAGAUGUCUCGUGAGGAGUGGGAGCAGAGCAUCACGAACUGGUGGCAGGAGCACCGCGGGAUGCUGCGCGAGGACGCCAUGAUGGAGUACCUGAAGAUCGCGCAGGACCUCGAGAUGUACGGCGUCAACUACUUCGAGAUCCGCAACAAGAAAAACACGGAACUGUGGCUCGGCGUUGACGCGCUCGGACUCAACAUAUACGAGAAGGACGAUAAGCUGACUCCAAAAAUCGGUUUCCCAUGGUCAGAAAUCCGCAACAUAUCGUUCAACGACCGCAAAUUCAUAAUCAAACCGAUCGACAAGAAGGCCCCGGACUUCGUGUUCUUCGCGCCGCGCGUGCGCGUGAACAAGCGCAUCCUGGCGCUGUGCAUGGGCAACCACGAGCUGUACAUGCGCCGCCGCAAGCCCGACACCAUCGACGUGCAGCAGAUGAAGGCGCAGGCGCGCGAGGAGAAGCUGGCCAAGCAGGCGCAGAGGGAGAAACUGCAACUGGAGAUCGCGGCUCGUGAACGCGCAGAAAAGAAACAGCAAGAAUACGAGGACCGACUGAGACAGAUGCAGGAGGAGAUGGAGCGCUCGCAAGCGAACCUGCUGGAGGCGCAGGACAUGAUCCGCCGCCUGGAGGAGCAGCUGCGGCAGCUGCAGGCCGCCAAGGAGGAGCUGGAGCAGCGCCAGAACGAGCUGCAGGCCAUGAUGCAGCGUCUCGAGGAGACCAAGAACAUGGAAGCGGCCGAGCGCCAGAAGCUGGAAGACGAGAUCCGCAUGAAGCAGGAGGAGGUGUCGCGCAUCCAGCAGGAGGUCGAGAUCAAGGACACCGAGACCCGGCGCCUGCAGGAGGAGGUCGAGGAGGCCCGCCGCAAGCAGGACGAGGCGGCGGCGGCGCUGGCGGCGGCCACCACGCCGCAGCACCACCACGUGAUGGAGCGCGCCGCGGACGUGGGCGGCGACGCCGACGCCGCGUCCGACGCGGGCAGCGACGCGGGCGGCGGCGACCUCGCCAAGGCGCCCGACGACCUCGUGGACCCCGUGGCCGAGCGCCGCACGCUGGCCGAGCGCAACGAGCGGCUGCACAACCAGCUCAAGGCGCUGAAGCAGGACCUGGCGCAGUCCCGCGACGAGACCAAGGAGACGGCGAUGGACAAGAUCCACCGCGAGAACGUGCGCCAGGGCCGCGACAAAUACAAGACGCUGCGCGAGAUCCGCAAGGGCAACACCAAGCGGCGCGUGGACCAGUUCGAGAACAUGUAGGCGCCCCGCCCCGCCGCCCUCGCUGCCCCGAUGUCUCGCGUGUUGUCUUCCGGUCCGAGCACUUGUACCAUAUCGUCUCCUCCAUCGUUCCCCGCGGUCGCGCGUAAGCGAAUCAGUCUAGCAAUUGUAGUCUUUACUCCCAUCGCGUAAAGUUUAUAAUUGAGCCGCGCUCUGCACGCGGACCGACCGGUUCAAGUAAGUGCCAAAAAUGUAUAUUGAAACAUUCCGUUUUAUUUGCGAUAUUCUAAUUGCUCAUUGUAUAAAAUCGAGAUUAAUUUGUAACAGACGACAGCGCGUCGGGCCGCGUGCGAGCGGCGGUAGUGAUAGAAUGUUGAUGAUCGAACGAUAUUUUUAUAUAAUUUUAUACACCGUCCAGGCAAAUAUGUACCUUUUGCCGUCGUCAAGAGAUUGUCAACUUAUAAAGGGGUCAAGUUAUUUAGCGGUGCUUACAUAAUGUGUGUUUACGAACACUCGCACUUGUCGGGCGUCGUAGUCGAAACUAACUGUAAAUAUUGAUUAUUAUUACUUAUUAGUAAUUUUAUUUUAGACCGUUGUGCUAUAACCUUAUGUGAACAUUCAAGGAAUCACUUGCUACAGCGUGUGUUUUACAAUAGCCAGAUAAAUCAUAAAAUCAAGCACACUGAAUUGUUUAUUAAUAAUAAUCAUUUUUAAAAUACUUUGGAUAUAAUUCAUCAAAAUGUAUAUGUGUUGCGGCGCACUGCCAGCCUGCAGCGGCAGUGGGCCGCGCGGACCUUGCUGUGGCUGGACGUAUAUUAUAUUGUGGUAGUUGAUUCGGUUAUUAUAAUUUGUCUGUUGAUUAUUUUAGUGUUUGGCGGAUGUGUGUGUGAAGGUGUGGACAGACGGGAGCCUGGCCGCUCACACUCGGGCCGCGCCGCAGACCGGCGCUAUGCUAGCCAUGCUGCGUCAUGCUAGCCACGCCAUGCCAUGCCAUGCCGGGCCAUGCCGCAGCAUGCGGGCCUAGUGCCGGUCUGCGCCGCGCUAAACACCUGUUACGUUGUUCAUACGUGAACGUCACGAGUUUUGCUCAAAACCAUAACAAUGUCCGAAGUGUCUUGUCCGAUCGAGUAGCGGUGAAAGGGAGGGGGCGACGCCCCUUAUUUAUUUUUAUAAUCAUUUAUAAUCUAGAUGUAGGAGUUAGAGCUGCAAGUGUAAUUAUUAUUUUCAGUUCAGUUUCAACGGUUAUUACGUCGGUCUGUUAUACUGAUAUUAUGUUUAUGUACGAGACCAAUAUGUAUGUUAUAUUAUAGUCGGCGACGUGUGUCGCCAGCGGCGCAUGUAGAGACACGCAAAUGUAUCGGCCUACGAAACUGUUCCCACUUGUUUCUUGAACAAAAUUUGAAAUAGAUACUAAAAUGUAUGCUUGUAGGGAGUAUAUAAUUUUUAAGUAAAUAGAAGGCAUUCCAUAAGUUACAAUGCGGUGGCGUCGACUUGGUUUUUAUGAAAAUUAAAAUGUUAUGAAAAUAUA